CUCUUUGAUAAAAAAAAAACCUUUUUGUUUUAAUAGAAAUGGAUUCAGCAGAUCAAGCAAUACAUUCUUUAUUUGCUGGCACAGCAAGCGAGCUCCAUUUACUGACAGCUGUCGAACUCAUCAAUAAUGCCACGGUCGAAACACACCCCAACCCAGACACCAAAGAAACACACUUACUUGCUAAACAAGCCUUACGUUACCUACGCAUGGAAGCAGCCAAAGGUGAUGUAGAAGCAAAGAUUAAACUGAGCACAAUACUAGAUCGAAGAGACCUUGGUAAUGUUCUGAUUCAACGUGAUUCACAAGAAGCCACUUUAUGGGCCAGAAGUGUAUUUGACCGUCGACUUUCAGCAGCUUUAGCUCCUUGCGUCUCUGAGCUGAUUGUGUUGACUGAGCAAGACAACACUAUGGGUCUUUUAGAACGCAUCAUUCAACGAGCUCAAGUUCAAUGGACUGAAGGAGACGAUAAAAAACAAAAGAAGAUAUUAAAGCAUAUAUGUUACUUGGUCGGUGUCUUGUAUGUGGAUGGUACAGGCAUUGAUCAAGAUAUACCGCGUGGUGUCACUUUCUUGACCAAGGCCUCUGAAUUAUCUCAUGAGGGCGCCGGUGUAGAACUGGCAAAGAUAUUGGGCGACCCUUUUAAAUACCCCAAGCAAUACAACAUCGAAAAGAGUUUAGAAUUGUAUGAAUCCGUAGCUGAAAAUCAACAAUCAAGACGCAAUGGCAAUAAUAGUACGGAUUCAAGAGCUCUGAUUGACUUGGCCAGAGUGUAUUAUGAGGGAAGUGAAACCAUUCCACGAAACAUUGAAAAGGCGUAUAAAUAUGCUCGUCGUAUUGCUGAAAGUAUUGGUGAACAGUACUGUCAGUUUAUUGUGGGCGAUGUCUUGUUACACCCACCACCCACACAGCCUGCAAUGAAGCAAGAUAUUCAACAGGCGGUCUUUUGGUUGACUCAAUCAGGAGAACAAGGUUUCCCAUUAGCGAUUGAAACAUUGAGCAAAAUUUAUUUUGAAGGAAAAGUCAAAGGUAUCAAGAGAGAUUAUGAACAAGCUCAUCUUUGGUGCUUAUUGGGUGAUGAUAUCUGGCCAUCCGGUCUAGGUUAUUGUCAGACGUGCUUAGGCGAUAUGUACAGGCAGGGUCUGGGUGUACCUAAAGACUUGAUUAAAUCAUUUGAAUAUUAUCAAAAAGCUGCAAGUCAGCAAGAUGCCCCACAAAAUUAUGCAAGAUAUAUGCUGGGAGAGAUGUUCUUUAAGGCAGAUGGUUGGAAUCACAAUUUAGCUCUUGCUGCUGAUUACUACAAGAUGGCUGCCAAUGAAAAUUACGAGCCAGCUUUAAAGCGUAUGGCUGAACUAAAUGCCAUUCAGGAAGAAAACAAGAGGUCUUUGGAAAAGGCUUCUAGUAAAAGAAAUCAAUGGAAAAUUUGGUCCAUUUUUGGUACCAGAAGAAAAGCAACAGCAUAAAUUAUAACAAUACCCCCACUUCUUAAUACAUUCGCAUUUCAUGAUAAAUAUACCAUUGUAGAAAUAGUUUCUUUUAUUCUUUCUUUCUACUGGAAAAAACACAACAUUUUAAUUUAUUUUACCCUUAUUUACAGUGUUUACACUUCAAAUUCAGACAACAUCAGUUUUUUUUCAGACAAAUAAAAAUUCACUUUCAAACAUU